GCUUACAUUGCUAGAAUGCAUAAAUAAUACACAGUUUGUUGUCUUAGAUAAUUUCAACAGAACUAAAUACAGUGUUUUUGUGGUUAACAGGCAAGAAAAGGAAAGGAAGGAGGAAAACUAUUGAAGGUUCACAUCAAGAUGGGCCAUUGUUUAGUAAAAUGUAAGGACAAGAAGCUUAGAACAUCAGGCUGGAUACAUACCAAAUACCAAAUUGAACAGUAUAGAAGUCCUUGAUUUACUACUUAUCAUUUCAGCCAACUUUCAUUAGUGAGUAGCUCUUGUCAUAAAAGUGCUUAAGAGCAUUAUAACAAGUUGCCAAAAUAAAGCAGUAAAUAGUCCCUCAGUCCAAAGUUUGUGAAGUGUGACAUGAGAUUUUGGCAUUUAUUGUUUUAUUAAGGUGCCUCUAGAACACAGCUCUUGAUGGACAAUAAAAACAGAAAGUCAGUUCCCGACAGGCUGCGUGUCGGCGAGACCCUGAUCUCGGGAGCAUACGGCACAUGGCGGGACCACACCUGGGCCCGCCGGCAGUCCACUGCAGGACAAACGCACACUCCCCGGUCACUUUAAAGACGGUGAUCAACACACUGCGUAAGGCAUUAGUAGGUGCGAGGGAACCUGAGCAACUAGGGAAAAUCCACGAGAACGUGAUGAGAACAUGCAAGCUCCCCACGGAGUUCCAGUCCGAUAUCGACCCCAAGGCCCAAGAAUGAGACACCGGCGAUAACUGCCUCGCUGCUUCUGCCCAUUCAUCUGUAUUGUACUCUAUAUCAGGGAUUUUUCUGAUCAAAGAGAUAUGACCAAACAGCCAGUUAACAGUCCUGCCAACUUUAAUCCUUUAUCACAAACCGAAGGAGCAGUUGGAGUUAUAACAAACAAACCCGAGCAUGUCCAAAACCUACCUUCCGAGGUCCAGUCACAGACGCAGCCAGCCAAGGUUUCUAAAUCUCCUUCCACCGAAAGAAGAACUUUUUCUCCAGCUGAAAAUAAGCCGGGCGAGACUGAGGGGAUCAAGGCAUGUGGGACGUUGAAAAACGCAGUCCCGGUUCCGGUCACCUCUGCAAUCCGUAAGGAUUCCUUGGAACCUGCGCUACCCCAAAAGGAUGAUUCUACAACUGUUCAUGGCAAAUCGAUGUCUUCCCAUUGUAAAGAAGUGGUACCUAAUGAAAGCGUUAUGAAAAGCACAGUGGAGCAAAACAGUGCCACAGGCAACUGGACAGCCAUGAGCCAGACCACCGUUGUACUGGGCACAGAUGGUAACACGUCUGUUCUGCCUGGCACCGUGUCCGGGGACGACGAUGACGAAGAAGGAGAUGAGAACAAAGCUAGAGGAAACUGGUCAAAUAAACUGGAUUUUAUUCUCUCUAUGGUUGGCUACGCUGUUGGUCUGGGUAAUGUGUGGCGGUUUCCUUACCUAGCCUUUCAAAAUGGAGGAGGUGCUUUUUUAAUACCUUACCUGAUAAUGCUGGCCCUCGCUGGAAUCCCCAUAUUUUUAUUGGAAGUAUCUCUGGGACAGUUUGCAAGCCAGGGCCCUGUUUCUGUAUGGAAAGCCAUUCCAGCGCUGCAAGGUUGUGGGAUCGCAAUGUUGAUUAUUUCUGUCUUAAUAGCCAUAUACUACAAUAUAAUUAUGUGUUGGACACUUUACUACCUGUUCGCUUCGCUGAAGAACCCACUUCCGUGGGCUACGUGCAAAAAUCUGUGGAACACUCCAGAUUGUAAAGACAAGGACAUGUUAGACUUGGAUGCCUGUGUGUUGCGAGAUAAGAACAUCACCUCCAUAAAAAACACAACCUUUUGUAUGUCUGCGAAUGCCAUCGGUAAUCUGACCAAAUUAACCAAUUUAACAUCUGAAAACAAAACAUUUGUCAGCCCUAGUGAAGAAUACUUCAAGUACAAUGUAUUGCACAUUUCAAAAGGAAUUGAAUAUCCAGGGGACAUUCGGUGGCCUUUAGCCCUGUGUUUGUUUCUGGCUUGGGUCAUUGUCUAUGCAUCUUUGGCAAAAGGAAUUAAGUCAUCAGGGAAAGUUGUGUAUUUUACAGCUACAUUCCCUUACGUGGUGCUGGUUAUUCUUCUUAUCAGAGGAGUCACUCUCCCAGGAGCGGGGUCUGGCAUCCUUUACUUUAUAACACCCAAAUGGGAGAAGCUCAAUGAUGCUAAGGUGUGGAAGGAUGCUGCUACUCAAAUUUUCUUCUCCCUAUCUGCAGCCUGGGGUGGAUUAAUCACUCUCUCAUCCUACAACAAAUUCCACAAUAACUGUUACAGGGAUACAAUAAUAGUGACGUGUACAAACAGUGCAACCAGCAUCUUCGCAGGGUUUGUCAUUUUCUCAGUCAUUGGAUUCAUGGCACAUGUGCUGAAAGUGCCUAUUGACAGAGUUGCUGAUGAAGGACCUGGUAUUGCCUUUGUUGUUUAUCCAGAAGCCUUGACUAGGCUUCCUGUCUCUCCAUUUUGGGCCAUCAUUUUCUUCUUGAUGUUGUUAACCCUUGGACUGGACACAAUGUUUGCCACAAUUGAGACAAUUGUGACAUCAGUGUCUGAUGAGUUUCCUAAGUACCUGCGCACACACAAACCUAUCUUCACUUUGGUGUGCUGUAUCUGCUUUUUUGUGUUGGGGUUUCCCAUGAUAACAGAGAGUGGUAUGUACAUGUUGCAGCUAGUGGAUACAUAUGCUGCCUCAUAUUCGCUUGUAAUCAUCGCCAUUUUUGAAUUGGUUGGAAUUUCAUAUAUAUAUGGGUUGCAGAGAUUCUGUGAAGACAUUGAAAUGAUGAUUGGUUUUCAACCAAACAAGUUCUGGAGAAUUUGCUGGGCUUUUGUCACUCCAACAAUUCUUACAUUCAUUCUGUGCUUGAGCUUCUACCAGUGGAAGGUUAUGACCUAUGAAGACUACACGUAUCCUACCUGGUCCAUGGUUAUGGGGUGGCUGAUGGUUGUGUGUUCUGUCAUCUGGAUUCCCAUUAUGUUUGUGAUUAAAAUGCAUCUAGCUCCUGGCUCUUUCAUUGAGAGGCUUAAGUUGGUCUGCUCCCCACAACCAGACUGGGGUCCCUUCUUGUCCAAACACCGCGGAGAACGUUACAAGAACAUGAUCGAUCCGCUGGGAACCAACUCUCUGGGACUCAAACUACCACCAAAGGAUUUUGAGCUUGGAUCUCAGUUGCAAUAACUGUUGUUGUCAUAUAUAUAUAUACACACACAGUAUAUGACUCGGCACUAUCUGUCCUAUGGUAUCCCCAUUACUCCUUCCUAUUAUAGUUCCCUUUCCGACUGCAGGAUGUUACUUUCCAAAGUGUCCUGUAGUCUGGACCAUGUGCCACUUUGCUUUCUAGAACUCUUCAUCUCUGUGGCUUCCAUAAGUAAACCAAGCUUUUGCCUAACGUGCACAUCUAGUGUUGAUGCAUUAUCUUUUCAGUGAGGUCUGAAAAACCAGACAGUGUGCUAAUUUAGAGUAAUCUGGCUUUAGGCAUAGAUCUAAGGCUAGAUUUAAUGCACCUCUAACAUAUGUUUCUUUUUCCAACUUGUAACAUAACUGGUACAAACUGCAAGUUUAUAUGCCCUGUUAUAAUUCAUUGACCUCUAUAAAAUGCUAGAAAAAGAAAACUGACAUUUCUAAGUACCUGUUUAUGGGCUAAACAGUAUUUUAAUUUUAUUUUAAAAAGAACAAAAAGGAGUAAACUCUUUAUGGUAUUACUAGUGGAGUCCACUUGCAGUUUCAUUUUUAACUUUUAAUUUAUUACCCCAUUAUCUUAACUUUCACCUCAUAAUUUUUCACAAUUUGUUCAUUUAACUUGUUAUACAUUCUUAUACUAUCACAUAUUUAAUUAAAAAUCUGUAAUUUGUGCCUACUUCUAUACUAUGACCAUAUUAUUUUUUCUCUGUGCUCCGUUUUCCAUAAUUAUUUGUUUUAAUAUUAAGUUUUAAUUACAGUAGCCCUAUUCUUGAAUACUUCUGCAUUGUAGAGUCUAGAUGUAUUUUUCUCUCUUCACUAAAGGGGAAAUGAACUGUGCCCCACAUCUAUAUAUAAACUUUAGAAUACAUAUUCUCUCUUAUGCUAGUUUAAGAUAGAUGAAUUGUCAUUGAGAUUUUAAUUCACAAUAUCUAAUUAAAACCACUAUUUCCUCCUUUACAAAAACAAAAAAAGCCACUUACCAUACUGUGCUGAAAAAUUGCACUUUGCAAUUUUAAAUAUAUUUGACAGCCAUAUAUGUGUACAUAAAAGUAUAUACAAUAUUUACUGAGAAACCAUAUAUGUUGUGAUUUAUGAAAUUUGUGAUAUAAUUCCCCCUUACAAGUUAAUGUAGAUAUUCCCAGUAGGUUUAGAGCAAUGAGUAAGAGAGGAUCUGUAUAACUCUAAUUUGCAAAUUGUCUAUUUAAUUGUAACUUGUAUAAAAUGACACUUUUUAAAAAGUGAUCAGUGUUCAUGUAGUGUGUGCUAGUGUUGUCAUGUCCCUAUGAGUAUCUUAUGAAACUGUAGAGAUGGUGAGAAUAGAAAUAGUUUAGAAACAACUUUUUCUGAAACUGUUAUAGUUUGAAUUCCACUAGUGGACUUCUGGGGACUGCUUUGCCAUUGAAUUGUCUGUCUUCAUGUUACAGGGUCUCAGGUAAACUUAAUUUCAGAAACUGCAUUUCUAGAUGUAGUAUAGUGCCAUCACCAUUUAGGGAAAUAUGGAAUGCUAUGACUUAUCUGAUUUCACCUAUUGCUUUCUGAGAAUUUAAAAACAUGCAUUCACCUCAUUAAAAAAUGAAAAGAAAGAAAUCACAACAAUCAAACAAAUGAUGCUACCAUCAAAAAUAGCUCUAGCUUCUUGUGGUCUGUUUGGGGGGAAAAGUCUCUUAUCUUUUGGAAGCCAUCAUGGUCAUUUUGUUUACGAAGAAUGCUUUCAUUAUAAGCAGGUUAAUGUUCAUGCCAAAAGCUGUAACAGAAAUUUCAAGGCAUAUGUAGUUAACCAGUUAUUACCACAUUUCUGUGUGCUGUUGAAACUAAACCUAACUUGGAUGUCCUUUACCUAUAUGCUUAUCUUCUUAAUGGAACCAGUCAUCCUUUGAUUUAAAUGCUUUUUACUCUUGAAGCUAAAGUUGUUUAGUGGAUACACAAUAAUGUUAGUUAAAAUAACAUUUCUAAACCUCACAGCUGAAGAACCUGUCAAGGAAACAGAACAAAAGCAUUCCACAAUAAUUUAACAGCAUGAUGUAACAGUAGCAAAAACUGGUUUUAUAAAGCAUUGAAUCUGAACAGAUGUUCUGCUCUUUGUAAAGAAGAUGGGGGGAAAAAGCAAGAAAAUAUAUUCCCUGUUGCUUUCGUAUUUGUAGUGAAGUGUGGCUUUUACAACAUUUCAUAUAAAUUCAGUGUGUUUCCUUUGGGUGUGUAGAUGUGCCUUGCUCCUGCUGGGUUCAUGAAUAAUCUGUUGUUAUUUUUACAUUUUUCAUAAAGUAUUAGUACAUCUGGAAAUGCACUGAUUUAUUUUAUUGUGCAUUUAAUGCUCUUUUCUAGGCAUAUUUUAGAUUGAUUUUGAUCACUCAUUCUUUGAGGCAGGAUUCCCUUUUUACCAAUCAUUACCAUACUACCAAUGCAUGUUGAACACAAGACAGCUUUUUUUGAAGAUACCAUGAGCUCUGCAUUAUCUGCUCUUUGGAGUAGCAGAACAUCUGGAUUAAGCCUGGUUCAUGUUAUUGGAUCCAGCUCUCAGAAUCUCAACACCAUAAGUGCUAUGGCUUCUGUCAGCUGUAUACACAGACACCAGCUACUGCUGUGCAGUCAUACUCAAAUAUAAAACAUUCCAAUCAGUUA